CCUGUUAUCUCCAGUUAAUCUAUUCUUAUGUAGUCAGUGCUUGUCUUUAGAGCUGUGUAGGAGAAUCCUGCAGUUAUGAGCAGUGAUGCUGCUUGCUUGUGUUGUCCUUUCCUGUGGUGCUGAAGCUCUGAUCACAUUUCCCAUGCACUGAAGCCAACUACAUUGCUGCCAGAACAACUAAAGUCUUAUCUGGUGCAUUAAAGAAGCAUCAUCACAAGCCCAAGAGUUUAUUUCAAAUCAUUCCCAAGACAUGAAGAUGUAUUCACCAUGGGCUCGAUUCUACUCUAACAGCUGUUGCCUGUGUUGUCAUGUCCGCACUGGGACAAUUAUCCUUGGCGUGUGGUACCUGAUAAUAAAUUCCUUGGUCCUUCUUAUACUGCUGAGUGCCCUCGCUGAUCCAGACCUCUACCACCUUCCAAGCAAUGACUUGAGGAAUGAAUUUUAUUAUAUGGAUGAAGCCAAUAUGUGCAUCGCUACUUCAGUUUCACUCUUAAUGAUUUUAAUCUGUGCAAUGGCAACAUAUGGUGCCUACAAGCAACAUGCUGCUUGGAUUAUCCCAUUUUUUUGCUACCAGAUCUUUGACUUUGCUCUGAAUUCCCUGGUUGCUGUCAGUGUGCUCGUCUAUCCCAACACAAUUCAGGACUACCUGCAGCAGCUGCCGUCCAGUUUCCCAUACAAGGAAGAGAUUCUGUCUGUGAAUCCCACAUGUCUUGUUGUGAUCAUUCUAUUCUUCAUCAGUAUCAUUCUGGCUUUUAAGGCUUAUCUAAUCAGCUGUGUGUGGAACUGCUAUCGAUACAUCAACAGCCGCAAUUCCUCCGAUGUGCUGGUCUAUGUAACCACCAAUGACACAACAGUCCUUUUACCUCAGUAUGAAGACAGUAGCAGUGGAACAUCUAAAGAGCCACCUCCACCUUACAUGUCGGCCUGAAGAAUAGUCGACAACCCAACAUCAGAAUGAAUCAGCAGCUUAAUAAAUGGCCGAGGCAUUGGGGCAAUAAUACAUUUCAUCCACAGGUUAUAUUCUACUGAACAGCAGCACUACCAAAUAUCUUGUCAAUAAGCAUACCAUGAAUUAAAUGCACUAUGUUCCGCUGGCAGCUAUAAACUAGCCUAGUCACGUCAAUGACUUCGAUUUUCGAGUCAUCCUGGGACCUUAGUGCAUCGCCUACAGUGUUUUCCCUUUGGCUUUGUAAUGUGACAUCUUUGAAACCUGUGUGCAAAGUGUUCUGUGCAAAUACUGUAACCUUAUCCUGAUACAGCACUUACCUGGUCCCAUUGCUUUUAAUAGAGUAACAAUGUAAUGAAUCCAUGUUGAUAUUGUAUAUACAGAUUUUAAGGGUACUUGCACACUUGUGUGGACUGCUUGUCCAUAGCAUCUUCAUACCCUUACUUCCGCUCUUUCUGUACUUUUUUGGUGUAUUUACUUUAACUAAGUCUUCUAAUAAACAACAUUUAGACAAUGUAUAACUGUAGAACAUUGUAAAUUAUGGACAUUGUAUAGCAAAAACCGGAUCAUCACUAAUAUUUAGGCUGCAUGAUUAUACUUUGAUCGUUGUAAACCUAAUACAUUCUGCUCCAAAUAAUAGUUAUUUCAGCUCACGGAAUAAACAUUGUUUAACUUUGCAGUGCAAUUUAAUUACAAAGUGAAAUGAAGACUGCAUGACCAACCUAAAUAACUCUUUGCAUGUCCAAAGAAUAAAGUGAACCAAAUUUAAUAUUUAAUGC